CUAGGUUUUCGUGGUUGUUUUUUUUUUUCCUCUUUCGAGCGAGAAGGGCGGUGUCGUGAGAGGUUCGAUCGUCUCUCCUUUUUGGUUUUGUGAUCUUGAUCCUUGGAUCGGAGGCGCGAGAGGCGAUGGCGGAGCCGCUGCGCAAGCCGGUGUUUGGCAAGGUAGAUCAGCUGCGGCCCGGCACCAACGGCCAUACCCUCGUCGUCAAGGUCUUGAGCUCCAAGCUCGUCCUCCAGAAGCCUCGCCCCGAUGGUAGCCAGGUCCGCCAAAUGCGAAUCGCCGAGUGUAUCGUCGGGGACGAGACCGGAGUGAUCGUUUUCGCCGCAAGAAACGAGCAAGUGGAUCAAGUGAAAGAAGGCACGACGAUUAUCAUCCGCAACGCGAAGAUCGACAUGUUCAAGGGAUCGAUGCGCUUGGCGGUGGACAAGUGGGGGAGGAUAGAGGUGACGGAUCCGGCGGACUUUGUGGUCAAGGAGGACAACAAUCUCUCCCUGGUGGAGUACGAGCUGGUAAACGUGGUGGACGAGCACUAGGUAGUGGCUUUGGGUUUUCUUCUACGCUUGCUACACGGUUUCUCAACAAUAAGCACAGAUCGAUCGAGCACAGAAAAUCGGGAACCAAAAAAAAUGAGGAGGCCUUUUGCUAGAGCAUGGUUACGGUGGUGGUGUGGUGGUGGUGGUGGGAGGAAGAUAUAUCUAGAGUGCCAGUGUUAUGAUUUCCAUCAUCAUAAGUCUUCGAUCCUCGGAGUGCUGGAAUUUUUUGCAAGCCACGUUUGACACUCCCGGCAGCUGUUAUUGGUAUCUCGAUUUCUCUCUUGGCAACCGUGGUGUGAUUUUUCUUCUCUUUGUUUGAAUCUUAUAAGCUGUGAUAUCUUCCAGAGA